AUGCCCAACACUCCAGCUGCUGUUGGUGUGGCCGCUUCCGUUAUCGGUCUGGGGACCACAGCAACUAAGGAAGAUGGAGAAUUAAUCGCAACAUUGUUUGGUGGAAUCGGUAAAGUGUGGACAGCCGACGAAAAGCUGUUUGAUGCUGUUACUGGCUUGAGUGGUAGUGGACCGGCAUACAUAUAUUUAGCAAUAGAAGCUUUAGCCGAUGGAGGUGUAGCUGCUGGUCUACCUAGGGAGCUUGCACUCGGUUUAGCUUCUCAAACUGUAUUAGGGGCAGCAUCCAUGGUGGCAAAUGCCGGAAAGCAUCCAGGUCAGCUGAAAGAUGACGUGGCAUCGCCAGGUGGCACGACCAUAGCCGGGAUUCACGAGCUGGAAAAAGCUGGUUUUCGUGGGAUUCUGAUGAACGCGGUUGUGGCUGCAGCUAAACGCAGUCGCGAACUUUCUUAG